GCGCGGCGCGGAGCGAGCCGGGGACGCCGGAGCCCGCGGGAGACGCCGGCUUCCACCUUGCCGGGCCGCCUCGACGGGCACCCGGGCCUGGGCAGCCAGGGAAACAGGAUAGAAAGUGGUGCUAAGCUCCAGGCUCUGACCUUCUCUCUUAGGAUGAGGUGGGGCUGCCAUUUACCCAGGGCCUCUUGGGGCUCUGGUCUUGGAAGAACACCCCAGACACCAGAUGAGCACAUCCCCUUCCUGAUCUACUGGAAUUGGCCCCUGAAAGGGGUGCGUCCCUGUGGGCCCAUUAGGGCCUUUGUCCGCCACUACGGAAGCUCUGGAAGCUCUGCAGAUCAUGCUUCUGCACCUGGCCGGCAUGGACAGCUGUUCCGGAGCAUCUCUGCUGCUGAAGCUAUCCAGAGGCACCGCCGGAACCUGGCCGAGUGGUUCAGCCGGCUGCCCAGGGAGGAGCGCCAGUUUGGUCCAACCUUUGCUCUUGACACAGUCCAUGUGGACCCCGUGAUCCGCGAAAGCACCCCUGAUGAGCUGCUUCGCCCAUCCACAGAGCUAGCCCCUGGGCCUCAGCAGCCCCUGGCUUGUCUCCCCCCACUGGCUCUGUCUCAGCUCUUUGACCCGGAUGCUUGUGGGCGCCGGGUGCAGACGGUGGUGUUAUAUGGGACCGUGGGCACUGGCAAGAGCACGUUGGUACGCAAGAUGGUCCUGGACUGGUGUUAUGGUCGGCUGCCCGCCUUUGAGCUGCUCAUCCCCUUCUCCUGUGAGGACCUAUCGUCCCUGAGCCCCAGUCCAGCUUCCUUGUACCAACUUGUGACCCAGCGCUACACGCCUCUAAAGGAGGUGCUGCCUCUGAUGGCUGCUGCUGGAUCCCGCCUGCUCUUCGUGCUCCAUGGCUUGGAGCGGCUCAACCUGGACUUCCGACUGGCAGGCACAGGGCUUUGUAGUGACCCUGAGGAGCCAGGGCCACCAGCUGCCAUCAUGGUCAACCUUUUGCGCAAAUACAUGCUGCCUGAGGCCAGCAUUCUGGUGACCACUCGGCCCUCUGCCAUUGGCCGCAUCCCCAGCAAGUACGUGGGCCGCUAUGGUGAGAUCUGUGGCUUCUCUGACACCAACCUGCAGAAACUCUACUUUCAGCUCCGCCUCAACCAGCCCGACUGUGGGUACGGCGCAGGGGGUGCUAGGGUGUCAGCCACGCCAGCUCAGAUGGAUAGCCUGGUGCAGAUGUUGUCCCGCAACCUGGAGGGGCACCACCAGAUCGCUGCCGCAUGCUUCCUGCCUUCCUAUUGCUGGCUUGUCUGUGCCACCUUGCACUUCCUACAUGCCCCAACACCUGCUGGCCAGACCCUCACAAGUAUCUAUACCAGCUUCCUGCGCCUCAACUUCAGCGGGGAGACCCUGGACAGUGCCGACCCCUCCAAUUUGUCCCUGAUGGCCUACGCAGCCCGAACCAUGGGUAAGCUGGCCUAUGAGGGGGUGUCUGCACGCAAGACCUAUUUCUCUGAAGAGGAUGUCCGUGGCUGCCUGGAGGCUGGCAUCAAGACGGAAAAGGAAUUUCAGCUGCUACACAUCUUUCGCCGAGAUGCCCUGAGGUUUUUUCUGGCUCCGUGCGUGGAGCCAGGGCACCUGGGUACCUUUGUGUUCACCGUGCCCGCCAUGCAGGAAUACUUGGCUGCCCUCUACAUUGUGCUGGGUUUGCACAAAACAACCCUUCAGCGGGUGGGCAAGGAAGUGACCGAGCUUGUGGGCCGUGUGGGUGAGGACGUCAGUCUGGUACUAGGCAUUGUGGCUAAGCUGCUGCCUCUGCGGAUUCUGCCGCUGAUCUUCAACUUGCUCAAGGUGGUUCCUCGAGUGUUUGGACGCAUGUUUAGUAAAAGCCAGGAAACUGUUGCCCAGGCCAUGGUGCUAGAGAUGUUUCGAGAGGAGGAUUACUAUAAUGACGAUGUCCUGGAUCAAAUGGGUGCCAGCAUCCUGGGUGUGGAGGGCCCCCGGCGCCACCCCAAUGAACCCCCAGAGGAUGAAGUCUUUGAGCUCUUCCCCAUGUUCAUGGGGGGUCUUCUCUCGGCCCACAACCGGGCUGUGCUGGCUCAGCUCGGCUGCCCCAUCAAGAACCUGGAUGCCCUGGAGAACGCCCAGGCCAUCAGGAAGAAGCUGGGCAAGCUGGGUCAGCAGGUGCUGCCCCCCUCGGAGCUCCUUGACCACCUCUUCUUCCACUAUGAGUUUCAGAACCAGCGCUUCUCUGCUGAGGUGCUCAGCUCCCUACGCCAGCUCAACUUGGCCGGUGUGCGCAUGACACCCCUCAAGUGCACAGUGGUAGCAGCUGUCCUGGGUAGUGGAAGACAUGCCCUGGAUGAGGUGAACUUGGCUUCCUGUCAGCUGGAUCCUGCAGGACUUCGAACACUCAUGCCUGUCUUCCUGCGAGCCCGGAAACUGGGCUUGCAACUCAACAGCCUGGGUCCCGAGGCCUGCAAGGACCUCAGAGACCUGCUGCUGCAUGACCAGUGUCAAAUCACCACCCUGCGGCUGUCCAACAACCCACUGACAGCAGCAGGGGUCGCCCUGUUGAUGGAGGGGCUGGCAGGAAACACCUCCCUGACACACCUGUCCCUGUUGCACACGGACCUAGGAGACAAGGGGCUGGAACUGCUAGCUGCCCAGCUGGACCACAACAAGCAGCUGCAGGAGUUGAACGUGGCCUACAAUGGCGCUGGCGACACAGCAGCCCUGGCCCUGGCCAAGGCUGCCCGAGAGCACCCUUCUCUGGAGCUGUUGCACCUCUACUUCAAUGAGCUAAGCUCAGAGGGCCGCCAGGUAUUACGGGACUUGGAGGGCACUGCUGAAGGCCGUGCCCGGGUUGUGGCCUCCUUGACAGAGGGGACAGCAGUGUCUGAGUACUGGUCCGUGAUCCUCAGUGAAGUCCAGCGCAACCUCAACAGCUGGGAUCCCGCCAGGGUCCGGCGCCACCUUGAGCUGCUGCUUCGGGAUCUGGAAGAUAGCCGAGCUGCCACCCUCAAUCCUUGGCGCAAGGCCCAGCUGCUGAGAGUGGAGGGUGAAGUCAAGGCCCUUUUGGAGCAGCUGGGAGGCCCUGCGAGCUGAAAACAGUGGCAGCUGAGAUCUCACUGGCUUCAGGCUCCUUCCUUCUGUGGCCUUCUGGAUUGUACUACCCUUUCCAGAAAGAUCUCUUCAGUGAUGGAGUUGAAGAAAUGGAUACAGGAUGUGAGGGUGAUCUGGCUGUGACACCUGUCACCCAUUGAUUGCCAGGGUUGGUUCAGCUGAUCUGGCUGGCUAAGCAGUGUCCCAUUCUUCCCUCAAUGUUCCAUUGUGUCUCUCCCGACGGCCUUCCUGGAAUAGAGAUGGAUCUGUCUUCAGUCAAGGGCAUACGGGUAACUGUGCUCCCCUGCUGGAACCUCCAAGCAAGCUCUCAAGAAAUGGGUACCGCUGUGCCAGUCCUCACCCCUCUCCAGGACCUUUCCCAGAUUUGGAAUGUCCAGGGUCAGAUAUAGUGGACUUGGGCAUAAAUCAUGCUGUCCCUCCCCUUGGCAAGAAGAACAAAGACUGAGGCCAGAUAUGAUAGACUUGGACUUGGAAGAUGAAUGAUGUGGCCCUUGAGUGGUCAAGCACCUUGCAGUACCACCACCAAACUCGCCUCUCUCCCUCUGUUCAAGGAGCCCGAGACUUGUGCCACGAGGGGCACACUUCUCAUAUCUGCCAUGCUGGGAGUUCUGCCAUCCAGGAGAUGUUUUGGAGAGCUUCCCCUCCUGCAUUAUGUUCACCUGUGGACUCUGAGAAUGCCCUCACAUUGGUGCUUUCCCUUGCCCCAUGCCCCUGAACCUGUACCGGUACUGAUGGGUCCAUGGCCCCAAGGGGUGAGUGCCCCUGGUGUGCUGCUAUUAAAAGCUAUGUGUCUUCCA